CUUUAUGUUCUCAAUUUUUUCCCAUACAAAGAAGAGGAAAGAUGGCAGUGUGGAAAGAGGAGCGAAAGAGAUUAAACGCUGAAAUGGAAAGAGAAAAGGCUUGAACGAAACUUUUAGCAUCUGGGGGAAGAUUAUUCCUAGCUGAAUGCAUUUCAUCUGUAGAUUUCAACCUCAAAAAGUUUAAGUCUGCCCCUGCUCGCAGAUUGCAAAUGAGACUGCAUGGAAUCAGAUUUCUCAAAAUCAGUUAAAAUGACGUUAUGGUUCCUCAAAUUCCGGAAGGCAUGAACUUUUCUCAUGGUGAUCUCACUCCAAAAUAAUAAAACCGUCAUAUGUUUGUUUCUUUGUCGAAUUUGUUUAUGAGACAGUAAUGUUUGCUUCAAUCAGACGCGCUGUGGGUUCAAUCAAGGGCAGCAUCACUAUUGGACUUAACUACGCUAUCAAAAGGGAAUCUUUGGUUUGGUACUAUUUUCUAGUUCAUAAAGGGCCCAAUCUCUCAUCAUUUCUCCAAGCCACUUCCAUUACUCCAUCUAUUAACAACAUCACCUUUGUGCACCUGAGAAAUUACAGGGCUGCAUUGCCUUUUCGAGAGGCACCAAGCGUACUUUCUCCUCCUUAUUUUUUAUGGACACACAGGUUAAAUGUGUUUGUCAGUCAUAAUUUUCUCAGAAAUUGGAUACAUGGAAGAUACAUGAGCGGUGCGUCAAUUGAGCUGAAGACAGACAGUCCUGUUGUCAGGUUUUCUAUUAGUAAGCAGCCUGAUGAAAAUGGUUCUCCAGAAAAUGAGAAGAAGACCACCAAAAGGGUCAAAAUGUCUAGAAAGGCCAAACUGAAUGAACUCAGGUUCUAUCGUCUCAAGGCCAAAAAGAAGAUGAAUUCCCCAAAUCCAGAAGUUCGGAUUAGAUAUAAACUUGACAAGGCCAAGCGAAAGGAGGCAUGGUUGAUUGAGAAGUUGAGGAAAUUUGAGGUUCCCAAAAUGCCAGCUGAAACAUAUGAUCCUGAAAUAUUAACCGAGGAAGAGAAGCAUUACCUCAAGCGUACUGGAGAGAAGAAGAAGAACUUUAUUCUAGUUGGAAGACGAGGAGUAUUCGGAGGCGUUGUUCUCAAUAUGCAUCUUCAUUGGAAGAAGCAUGAAACAGUGAAGGUUAUUUGCAAACCUUGCAAGCCAGGGCAAAUUCAUGAAUAUGCUGAAGAGCUUACUCGACUCAGCAAAGGCAUUGUGAUUGACAUAAAACCUAACAAUACUAUCAUAUUCUAUAGAGGAAAGAACUAUGUUCAACCAAAAGUUAUGUCACCUCCAGAUACCCUAUCUAAACAGAAGGCCCUGGAAAAGUAUAGGUACGAGCAAUCCCUAGAGCAUACAAGUCAGUUCAUUGAAAAAUUGGAGAAAGAACUUCAAGAGUAUCUUGAGCAUGUCGCUCGUUACAAGAAAGAGAAAGAGAAUAAAGAGAAUAUGCCACACUUCACCAUUGUUGAUGAAUGAUGGCAACCUUUGGAACUCCAGAAAAAAAGGUUAAGUUGGCCCUUUGAUUGGCUAGGGAUUUUCUUUAUAAAAUUCUUCCUUCCACUGAUUGCCUUUUUUUGCAGGAUAUAUUCUUGAGUUCAUGGUUUUUGCUGAUUGCCCUUUUUUUUCUAUAAAAUUCUUCCAUUCAUUUCAUUGCACCUUUUUAAGAAUAAGGUGGGAAAGUCUUUCUACACAAGUGACGAACAUAUAAGGAGAGAGGCACUCCUCCACUAGUAUGGCAAGUCCAAACAUUAGCCUGUGCAUUUGAAGAAAGCUGAAUCCAGUUUGGAGAUGGUCCAAGCCAUAAAAUGCAAACAUAAAUUUUAGUUUUAUUAUUUUAAUUCUGUUCAUCUUAUAGCUAUAAACAUAAACAUUGUGAAUUUCACUUGCCUAUCCCAAUUGUUUGAAUGUUUUAGGUGAUGGUUUGGGAUAAUACUAGGCUCUAUUUGUAUAGUUGUGCAGUUGAAAUGAGCAAGAAUUUAAAUGUAUUUCAAGUAAAUUAUAAAAUUUAAUACAAUUCAACUCAA